AUGGCUUCAGACGAGAGUGCUGAAGUAUCCACGGGACCAAGUUCCACUGCUACCACUGAUCCAUCAAAGUUAAGUAUUGCUGACUCCCUAUCGAAAGUAAGUAGGGCCACCUUCUCUUUUAUGGAAGCAAGACAAAAUCAUAACGUAAUAGAGAAAGGCGUAGACUUUACACCUGACGAUAUUGUGGAUCCUGACUACGUCACUAUGUUUGACACAUUUUCACACGCUGCUUUUGAAAGUAAACCUAGAGCACGUAGCGAAGUCGCACUCAAAGGCAAGUCUAAAUCAACAGCUGAUAUGGGUAUGAAAGUAUUCGCCACCACUAUCUCCCUUGACGACAUUCAUAUCGAUUACACACAAAACACCGAAGAAGGGGUCAUUCCAGACGACGUUGACUUAGAAUUAGCACCUUCAGCAUUUUAUCUGCCGAAAGAUUAUCCUAUCAUGUCUUAUCCCCCAGAAGUACUUAUUGUUCUUAAAGAAACAGAAACUCAGUUUAUGUUUGAACUACCAUGCUUCACCUUCGAAAAAGGUACUGUGGAAGCUGCCGUUGUAGAAGAAGAAAACGAAUUUUAUCAGUAUAUAACAGUCGGCAAAGGCAGAAAUAGAAAAAUGGUUGUCGAGGAGACGCAAACUGAACAACUUGUGACUCAAACUCGUCAUACAUUGACUACAAGACCGCAAAAGAAGAAUGCCAUUGUUUUCGCAUCAAUGUGGGAUAUGCACGAUACUUAUGCUAGACUUGCGAGGGUGAAACCAGCGGAGGAGCCUGAUGAAAUGGUAAUGUACCAGUCAGCGGCACCGACGUUACUUCGCAAAAGAACUAAGGUAGUAGACACCACCAAUGGCAAGAGAGAUAAAACCUUUUCUGAAAUCGGAAACACACCAGAGUUCUUUGACGCUGUUCUAUUGACAGAACGUGUUCUUGCAACCCUCGAGUAUUCAAGUCAACAAAAGAAGUUUCGUGGCCUCGUAAGUAUUGAUCCUCUUUCGCUUGAUUUAAUUUAUAUUUAUUCCUUGAAACCUCUUUGGACGUUUGAAUGUGAUGAAACUGCUAACCGACCGAUAACAAGCAUAUCUUUCAACCCAAAAAAUAAAAAUAUUCUAGCCGUAGGCUAUGGAAAGUACACAUAUGCUGAUCAGUUCUCUGGUUUAGUAUGUAUAUGGUGUACUAAAAAUCCCUGUAAACCAGAACGAACAUAUCAUUUUCAAGAUCCCUUAACUUCAGUAGCAUUUUCGGAUAAAAAUGCUAAUUGGUUAGGAUGUGGAUUUGCAAAUGGCGAUGUCCUAAUUUUAGACGUCACCUCGUAUACAAUAAAAACAAUUGCAAGGAGUAAAAGAGAUACAAACCCAUGCUUUGAACCAAUUUGGGCAAUAUGUUGGCGUGACAUAGAUAAGGAUAACCAAUAUUUGAUGACUACCUGUCAAGAUGGAAGAAUUAAUAGAUUUACUAGUACCAAAACUCAUGAUUUCAUAUGCACACCUAUGAUGCGUAUAUCGACUGUUGAAGGGCAGAUGAAAGGUCUAGAGACACCCAAACAAUGUUUAAAAGUCGACGUUCCUAUCACUAGGUACCCCGCUGCAUUGUGUAUGAAGUGGCAUCCUUUAGUAGAACACAUAUAUCUUGUCGGAACGGAUGAAGGUUGUAUACACAAAUGUUCGACACACUAUUUAAACCAACAUAUGGAUGUUUAUAGGGCUCAUUCGGGGCCUGUGUACAGUAUGGAGUAUUCACCGUUUAUGGAUUCAUUGCUAGUAUCAUGUGGUGCCGAUAACGCUAUUAGGCUGUGGAUAGAAGGUAUGGAUGAUGUAAUAAUGACAUUGAACUGUCCAAGUGCUGUAUUUGACAUUGCAUUUUGUCCUAUUAAUUCGACAAUUUUGAUAUCAGCUAGUGGUAAUGUAUUAUCGAUUUGGGAUUUGCGCCGGAAAACGCAUAUACCUUGUGCCGAAUACACGUUUCCUCCUAGUGUAUCUUUAAUGUAUAUUAAAUUUUCACCAUCCGGUGAUAAUGUUUUCGUUGGAGACACGUUAGGGCGAAUACACACCUUCCAUUUGGAAGAUACCCCGAUACCGCCAUUCUACCAAAAGGAGCUAUUGGAUGAAACGAUUAAGAAGGCUUUAUGUACGAGACCUCAACUUUUGAAGCAACUCGACAAGUUAAAGAAAAUGAAAGAGAAGUGAGGAAUUAC